AGAUUCAUCUGCUAAGCAAUAGUAAAUUUUUCUCUUGCAAGUACCAGCAAUCCCACCGGAAGGCUCGGAAUUAGGAGAAGAGGUGUUUUCAACAAGACCCUAUUCUUUGAAAGAAACAAGAUGAACGAGAAAACAUUGGCUCAGAUUAACAAAGGGAGGAGAGCGUAUGAAUUGUUUAAAUACAUUUAUAGUUCCAAAAAUGCAAAUGUUCUCGUGCUGGAUUUUGAAGCGUAUGAGCGUAAUCAGGACCUUGUUACAGAAGCAGGAGUAUGUUUGUUUCGGAAAAAGUCUUGGAAAACUUAUCAUUAUCGUGUCCGAGAUUAUUUGCAUUUGAAAAAUGGAAGAUUUGUUGCAGAUCACUCAGAACAUUUUAAAUUCGGAGAAUCCAUCAUUAUUGGAAGACGACAGCUCUGUGAAGUACUUACAGGCUACCUGCGGUUACCCAAUCUUGUUGUCGUGGCACAUGGCCUCAGGAACGAGUUGAAGUACUUGGGGAAGCUGAGAAUUGAGAUACCACCGCAUGUUGCUUUAGUUGACACCCAGGAUGUGUACCGAUUUUACUCGUACACCUGUCUCGGUGUUGUUCAUAACCAACUUAUUGGCUUGAACAAACUACUGAGUAGUCUAUCUGUCAUUCCAUUUGGACUUCAUAAUGCUGGAAACGACGCUCAUUACACCAAGGAUGCAUUGCUUUCUAUGGCCACAGCUUUGACGUCUCAUGAACAAGCAUUGGAUGCUGAUCGAUGCAAAACAAUAAAGGCCCAGAAGAAAAAGUCGGACUCCAGCACUACACCUCAGAGCACGAAAACUGCGGCUGAUGAUAUAAACAAUGUUAGUCGGGCUGAAAACUGUACAACGACUGCAUAG